CAUACUUUUGUGUUGGCCAUCGGCACGAACCGUUCCUUCUUAUUAUUAUGUACACUCUCUCUCUCGCUCACUCAUUCAUCCCUAAAAAUUAUAAACCAAUCACACACUCUCAACCAUUUCAACUUCAAUUACGUCACUUUUAUUCAUUGUUUAAUUUCAUUCAAACGGAUUUGCCGCAAAUAUUUAGCUCACUCCUCACUCCACCCACCUCCAAUUAUUAAUCAUCUAAAGACCCUGCUUUUCACUUCUCGUUCGUUUUCAACUAAGGACAAGAGAAUGGCGGUGGUCGAAGGACUCAAAGAAAACAACGAGCGCGAGGAGCUUAUUCCGGGGUUGCCCAACGAAAUCGCAGAGCUGUGUCUUCUUCACGUGCCCUACCCUUACCAGGCUUUGGCACGCUCUGUUUCUUCGUCGUGGAACAGAGCAAUAACGCACCCUUCUUUUGUCGUCUCCAAGAACACGCUCUCCAACCCACAUCUCUUUGUCUUGGCAUUCCACAGACAAACAUCGAGGAUCCAAUGGCAGGCGCUGGACCCAUCUUCCAAGCGUUGGUUCGUUCUGCCGCAAAUGCCCUUGCCGGAGGGCGUGUGCCCCACGGCGUUCGCGUGCGCGUCGCUGCCGAAGCAGGGGAAGCUCUUCGUCAUGGCGGGGAUGAACUCCGACGCGGAGGCGCCAAUGCGGACGGCGCUGGUCUACCGCGCCGCCACGAACCAGUGGUCGGAAGCGUCGGCGAUGCCGGGGGGGAGGUCGUUCUUGGCGGCGGAGAGUGUGAACGGGAAGAUCGUGGGCGUAGGGAGGAGCGGGACGGAUAUCUACGAUGCGGAGAGCGACACGUGGAGGAGAGGAAAGGGGUUGGAAGGGGAGCUGGGUCGGUGCGAGGCCACGGUGGUAGGGGGGAGGAUGUUGGUGACGGAGGGGUGGUGGUGGCCGUUCACGUUUCGACCGAGGGGGUGGUCGUACGAGGUGGAGAGGGACACGUGGCGAGAGAUGGGGGUGGGAAUGAGGGAUGGGUGGACGGGGGUGGGAGUGGCGGUUAUGGGAAGGGUGUUGGUGAUUGCGGAGUAUGGGGAUUGCCCCGUGAAGGUGUACGACGAGGAUAGUGACACGUGGCGGUGUGUGGGAGGAGACAGGUUUCCGAGGGAACAAAUGCAGAGGCCAUUUGCUGCGAGGGGUUUGGAUGAUCGUAUCUACGUUGUGUCUUCGGGGUUGAAUGUGGCGGUUGGGAGUGUCACUGUUAACCAGAAAGGUCGGGGUUAUGGGGUGGUGGUGACGUGGCAGGUGGUGGAGGCAGCAGAGGCUUUCCGUGGUUUUUCCCCAUUUAGUUGCCAGGUGUUGUAUGCUUGAACGCUUACUCUCUUUUAGUGGUUUUAGUUCCCAGGCCCUGUACUGUUAUUGGGGUGCAAUUCAAAGCAUAAACACCUUUGUGUUUGUGUUUUAUAAAUUAUUGUGGAGGCCAUGUUCUCAUCUCCUCUAAUUAUUUUAUUAUAAUGGGGGAGAUAAACAAUACAACAAU